AGUCAUCCUUGGAGCCUUUCCUUUCUAAGUAACAAAUUAACCUCUCUCCUCUUUCUUUCUUUCUUUCUUUCUUUCUUUCUUUCUUUCUUGCUCUCAUCUAGAGUACCCUUUUUUUAUUAUAAUUAUAAGAAGAGAAAUUAAGCUGAUGUGAUUUGUCUGCCCCGGCCACAAAUCCAUUCAUCGAUCUAUGGACUACCAGCUGCAGCUAGGCUAGAUCCAUCCAUCAGCUGGGUAGCUGAGAGUUGAGUUGAAGAAGCACAAGAGGCUAGGUAGCUCAUGGCGGCGGCGGCUGCAGGCAUGGGCGGCGGAGGAGGGGUGCAGCAUCAGGAGACGACGACGACAGUGGUGCAGGUAGCGGCGGAGGCGAGUCGGAAGAAGGUGGAGGUGAGAUCUGCAGGGCGGCGCGGGCGGCGGGAGAUGCGGCGGAUCGAGGACGCGACGAGCAGGCAGGUGACGUUCUCGAAGCGCCGGAGUGGGCUGCUGAAGAAGGCGUUCGAGCUGUCGGUGCUCUGCGACGCCGAGGUUGCUCUCAUCGUCUUCUCCCCUCGCGGCCGCCUCUACCAGUUCGCUUCUGCCUCCUCCGACUUGCAGAGGACAAUCGAUCGCUACCUGAACCACACAAAAAACUCAUCUGCACAUGAAGAAGGAGAGGAAUCAUGCGUCCAGAAGUGGAGAUCGGAGGCUACAACCCUGGGAAAGAAGAUAGAAGCAAUUGAGGGCUACAAGAGUAAGCUGUUGGGGGAAGGCCUGGGGUCGUGUUCAGUGCAGGAGCUACAAGAGCUUGAAGUGCAGCUGGAGAAGAGCUUAUGUAGCAUCAGGCAAAAGAAGCAAAAGAUGCUGAUGGAUCAGAUUUUGGAGCUCAGGGAGAAGGAGAUGAACCUCUUGAAGGAGAAUAUGGUACUCCGUGAUCAGUGUAAGGCUCUGUCAUCGCCAUGGUCGACGUCUGUGGGAGAGCUGAAGAAUAAGCAGGCGGAUGAUGAUGUUCAUCGUCAUGAGGAUUAUUCCGGCGGCGGCGUACGCGACGACGAUGAUCGGCGCAUGAUGGAGGACGUGGAGACAGAUCUGGUCAUCGGACGCCCGGGAUCGAUAUGAUGAACGAGCAGCGCUGGCUAACUUCAUCUAUCCAAUCAAGAAAACUCUGUAUAUGUAGUUCGGCUGGCAGCUAAGCUACAAUACUGAAUAACGUAACAAUUAUAGUUUUUUUUAAAAAAUACAGUACAAACGCAGGAACUCAGAAUACAACAAUCACCCAUCUCUAUAAACUCAUACAUACACUUUGUAUCUCUAUAAGCAUUUUUGAAAGACUUGAUAUCUUGAGAUUGAAGAAUAUAUAUGUAUCAACAUACAUAUGUAUGGAUGCAGUGAAAUCGAUCGAUCGUUCGAUAUGCGUA